CUCCUCAUCCCCCGCUCCUCAUCGCAUCUGCCUCCCCGCCUAUCUCUCACUACAAUGAACUCCUCUAACUCUUUCAUGGGCUUCUCAUUUGACCAGCCCUCUUCCCCCUUCCUCUCUUCGGGUUCAUCCUCACCUGAACUCUCUCGAGGUCACUACCUCUACCCGGAUAGUGACUUCUCCUCCCCCGAGAGCAUCUCCCAUGGGGAUCUUCCCCUUGCUCCGGAUACUAUCUUCGAGUGCCCAGAGCACCCGUUGGUAGAUUCCUACUUGAACGACGACGCUUUUAGCAACGAUGGAACUGUCAAUCCUGCUGACCUGUUCUACCAGGACCAGCCUUACAAUCCUCCUCCCGUCCGUCCACGCGGGUCGAGCCUCGACGGUGCCCUCAUUCUCGCACCUGAGUUUGAUAAGAUGCAUCUCGAACGCCACGCACUCGACUCCCCUUCCCCUUCCUCUUCUCCUUCCCUUUCUCCUUCUCCUCGUACCUCUCGUCGAACUCGUUCCUCUCGCACAUCUACCUCCUACUCUGGGGAAUCCGAUACGUACAGCUCGGAUGGUGACGAUGGAGAGUACAGACCUCGCCGAAAGUCUUCGCGUCUCGUCAAACAAGCUGCCUAUCAUCCUUACGGUGGAGCCUAUGCGUCCUCUCGUUCCUCGAGGACUCCAUCUCCCGCCUUAUCCCUUACCCAGCGCCCGGAGCCUUACAUCCGCACUACCUCUCGCCGUAGCCUGCAGUGCGCGCCCGGCGAGGUGUUGAGCCUUGACUUGCACGGAGACCAUGGGUUCCAGUGCACCAAAGGAGAUUGCAACUACGUUCAGAAGAACGAGCGUAUCCCAGACCUCAAGCGCCACAUUCGCGCUCACCAGGGCGGGACGAAGAUCAUCUGCUGCGGUCAGCCUAUUGGUCCUGAUCAUCCUCAUUGGGCCGAUGGUUACCUAUGGGAGGGUAAGAUAAGGUGGGGCGGUUGCUGGAGGACCUUUAGUCGAAAGGACGCAUUGACCAGGCACCUCAAUACGCAGUGUUGCUUGCGUCCUCAACUUUAAAGCGCGAAACGCUUUGAUACGCUUUAACGAUCUUUAAUCCACGAAAUGAAUCUUUAACGAAAGUGCUGUAGCCAAUAGGUGGCCGCUUGUCUCUUUUUCCUCUCAUUUGUUUCCUCUGAAUCCUCUCCUCUCUCCUCUUUCUCCUUUUCUUGAACGCUUCAAGCAUCUAUGUUCCCCCCAUCCCCUCUCCAUACCUCUGUACUAUUAUGUCUCGCGUCGUUCCAUACCCUUCUGGUUAUUUCCUCUUGAGCUGUCGAGCGUACUCUUGAUUUGGUCUCACUCUCCUCUUGAUUUGGUUUCACUUUCCUCUUGUCCUGUCUCGUCUCUAAUUUCCUAAUCUCUCUCCUCAUUAUCUCCCCUGUAAAUACUUAGUCUGUCGAGCGGAAUGGAUCUCUAUUUUUGCUCUCAUAGCUAUCAUGAUCUGCAGCGAGAUAUUGUCCCUGGGGUCAACACCCUCAUCGCCGC